UCACUCAUCUCCAUCUCGUCGGUCAUCCCUCCCGCUGUGUUGCCCCACCGAACCUUCCAUUUGUUCCUGAGUUCUCUGACUGAUUAACAGCUACAAAAACAGUAACAUUCUAUUUGUCAACCUCCCUACAGUUGUUUCACAUCUGACCAGUCACUGCUUUCGAACUGUUCACAGCCAUAUCAACGCAUAUUCACACCUGACAGUAUCACCACACCAAGUGUCUAUAUCGAUACCGACUUCUCCACCGAUAGCACCUUUAACUGUUCACUAGUAUUCUCGUUCCGUUAACUUGAUAAUUCUCACUUCUCAGAUCCCUCAUUUUUGUUGUGAAUUUUGAAUUUUUCCCCAACCGCCCUCACGGAAUUUUGUUUUUUCGAGUGCCACCACUUUAUCUCCACAUCACACUCCCGUAGCCACACAACUCCACCAUGUCUGCCGACCACCAGGAAGCCGACAUCGAUUCCAUAGUCGAUAGAUUGCUAGAAGUCCGCGGCUCCAGACCAGGUAAACAAGUCACCUUGUUGGAACACGAAAUCCGUUACUUGUGCACCAAAGCCAGAGAGAUCUUCAUCCAGCAGCCCAUCUUGUUGGAGCUCGAAGCGCCAAUCAAGAUCUGUGGCGAUAUUCACGGCCAGUACUACGACUUGUUGCGACUCUUCGAAUACGGCGGUUUCCCCCCAGAAGCCAACUACUUGUUCUUGGGAGACUACGUUGACAGAGGUAAACAGUCGUUGGAAACGAUCUGUUUGCUCUUAGCGUACAAGAUCAAAUACCCCGAGAACUUUUUCAUCUUGAGAGGAAACCACGAGUGUGCCUCUAUCAACAGAAUCUACGGGUUUUACGACGAAUGUAAAAGAAGAUACAAUAUCAAGUUGUGGAAGACGUUUACCGACUGCUUCAACUGUUUGCCCAUCGCCGCCAUCAUCGACGAAAAGAUCUUCACCAUGCAUGGAGGUUUAUCUCCGGACUUGAACUCCAUGGAACAAAUCAGAAGAGUCAUGAGACCAACCGAUAUCCCAGAUGUGGGGUUGUUAUGUGACUUGUUAUGGUCCGAUCCUGAUAAGGAUAUUACAGGAUGGUCAGAAAACGACAGAGGUGUCUCGUUCACGUUUGGACCGGACGUCGUAUCGCGAUUCUUGCAAAAACACGACAUGGAUUUGAUCUGUCGUGCCCAUCAGGUCGUAGAAGAUGGUUAUGAGUUCUUCUCUAAGAGACAAUUGGUGACGUUAUUCUCGGCUCCUAACUACUGUGGUGAGUUCGACAAUGCUGGUGCCAUGAUGAGCGUAGACGAAAGCUUGUUGUGUUCGUUCCAAAUCUUAAAGCCAGCCGAUAAGAAGCCAAGGUAUCCUCCUUCGGCAGGCGCCAAUAAUAGACCUGGUGCUACUCCAAGAAAGCCUAAGAAGACCGGAAAGUAACCUUCCAGCCCUUCUGCUUAUAAAUUCACAUCCCAGUCAUACAUAUCUUCACGAGUCAUUUGUCGUUCCUUAUCAUCUUGUUAAAUUAAAUUUAGUGAUUUCAUUCUCUUUCACGCAUUUGAAAUGAAACCAACCCCAACUGCUAACCUUCACUACGAAAUUGUACAGCACCACCCUUCACAAUUCUGUCAUUGUGUUGUAAUCUGGGUCGUAUUCCUGUUCGAUUGAUCUUUUUUGUUAUUGUUAUCGUUUGAUUCCUAUUCUGGUUCUUCUAUUAUAGAAUGGAUUCUUGUACAUUAUAUAUCAUUACCCAGCAUAACCAUCUCGAACAUCAUCGGAACCAGGUCUACUGCCGGACACAGGCCCAUUACAUAUAGACGUAAGCUAAAUCUCGGAUAUAUAGUUCUCAAUUUGUAUACACUCGCAUAUAUAGUUGCUGUUGUCUCUCCGGUUGCAUUUGGAAAGCAUGCUACGAAAGAAGAAGAAGUUUGCAAGGUGGAACCGCUUUUGCCUCACAUCCUUUAUUUCUUGUCUUAUCAUUAUUAUCAUUAUUAUAGUAUUUAGUAUCUUUAUAGUAUUAAGAAUCAUUUUACAUACUAG